AGGAAUUUCUCAAUGAAGUGGGGCUGAGCCGAGCUGUGUGGAGAAAGGUGGGCAGUAACGACCGCCCGGCUGGCGUAGCACUCAGCACACGCGCACAGAAACCAGGACAGGCUCUCAGCCGCGCGGACCAACGGACAGACCGUCCUCUCUGGAUUCACGACCAGCAAGCACUUGGGGUGGCAUAUCCUCAACCAAGGCACAAUCAGCACCCUAUUCUUAGCUGUUUACCAGCACCCGCUCUGCCUGCGAUUUUUAAAAACCUUUUCAAAAUAUUUUGUUUUUAUUAGAAUAAUCUGAUUUUUUUAAAAAAAUUGUAUUCAACAUUAGUUGUUAUCACUGUAAGAAAUUGCCAUUGUUUACCAAGAAGACGAAGACAAAAUGUUUUCCAGGACGAUGAAACAGGAAUGCUUCUUGACUCUGUUUGCUGUUCUGCUCUGCACUUCCGUGAUGGUGGAGGGCGGCUGCCCGUCUCAGUGCUCGUGCCCGCACUCGCCCCCCUCCUGCCCGCCGGGCAUCAGCUGGAUCACGGACGGCUGCGGCUGCUGCAAGGUGUGCGCCCGCCAGUUCAACCAGGAGUGCAGCCUCCGGCAUCCCUGCGACCACAUCAAGGGCCUGCACUGCCACCUAGUGCCCGGGGGGGACCCCGACCGCGGGCUGUGCCGAGCUGAGGCUCAGGGCCGCCCCUGUGAGUUCAACGGGCGCAUGUACCAGCACGGCGAGGACUUCCAGCCCAGCUGCCAGCACCAGUGCAGCUGCAUGGACGGGGUGGUGGGCUGCAUGCCCCUCUGCCCCCACCAGGUGCCCCUGCCGGACUGGCGCUGCGCCAGCCCCCGGCUGGCCCGCCCCCCCGGCCGCUGCUGCGACGAGUGGGUCUGCGACGACGACAACCGCAUCAGCGAGGACCCCGCCGGCCCCCGGGGCGCCCCCCCGCCCGACUACCCCCGGCCCCACCUCAAUGCCAUCAGCAAGGAGCUGCAGCCGCCCGAGCACCCCCACGGGAGCACCGCAGCCUUCCUGGAGUGGCUGACCCCCCAACAGCCGCAUGUCCCCUUUCCCAGCCAGUGCUUCUCGCAGACCACUGAUUGGUCUGAAUGUUCCACCACCUGCGGGAUGGGGGUUUCCAGCCGAGUGACUAACAGCAACGCAGAGUGCCGGCUGGUCAGAGAGACCCGACUGUGCCAGAUUCGGCAGUGUGACCUCCCUCUGACCCCGUUUCUCAGGAAAGGGAAGAAGUGCCAGAGGACGGUGCGUCCGCGGGAGGCUGUGAGGAUCACGUUCGCAGGUUGCUCCACGGCGCGGCGGUACAGGCCCCGCUCCUGCGGCUCCUGCUCGGACGGCCGGUGCUGCACCCCCUCCCAGGCCCGCACCAUGCGCCUGCUCUUCCGCUGCCCGGACGGGGAGAGCUUCUCGCGCGACGUCAUGUGGAUCCAGCGCUGCCAGUGCGGCGCCGGCACCUGCCCGAGCCGCGGCCCCGCCCCCCUGCCGUCCGUCAUCCUGCACAACGACAUCCACACCUUCUCGCAGUGAGGCGGCCCGGAGAAGCCCCACACCAGUACCACCCCACCGCUGCUCCCGCAGUCUCUGUAGGGCUGGCCGUGAGGUCAAACUUACUAUCGCCCCUUAACUCCAACCAGAGUUUAAAAAAGCAGCUCUCCCUGGUGGUGGGAGGUCUUCAGUCUGCACACUGAUUGCACAGUGACCUCCCCUGACAGCCUUCAUGACUUCUCUGCUGGGGAUCUGAACAUUUAGUCAGUCCCUCCUUCUGAACCAGGCUACCAGUCCAGCCAACACUAAGAACAUUUGCUUGCACUUUAAGUUAUGUUAUUGUACAUACCUGCUAGCCACUGUGAGAGAUGGCUGCUCACUUAGAGACAUGACCGAUGGGUAUAGUGCUGAUAAUGGGGGAGAAAGAAGUGUGAGAGAUCCUCUUCUCUGUGAAAGAGGUGUCUGAGAGAUUGCAGUAAGAAUGCUCCAUUACUUCUGAUCACCUACUGAACAGAACCAUCCUCACGGUGAGUUGGGGGUGUAAACACUAGUCUAGAUUUAUGGAUGACACACAUUUUGUAGUGGCACAACAUGCUAGAUGCAAGUCCUGACCAGGACCUUUUAGUUUCGCAACAGAAAUGCAUCCGUGAUCCAUUUCUCCUUUCUGUUGAUGUUUCUUCCAUGUAUUUAUUCUUUUCAUUAGACAAGAGGAGAAAUCGUACAAUUCAGUACAAUACACCUUUAGAGGGAAUAAGCAAAACACUGUCAGAAACACAUGCAAUAUAUUACAUAUGCACUUUUCUUAUCAUUACAUUCAUCUCAACUAUUAAGCGAAACCAGAAUGCGUUCAGAGUUUUAACAUAUCUGUGAAAUUCUGUGUAAUUUUGUGUAUGAAACCCAGUGUUCAUAUGUCUUCCCUGAUACUAUUAUAGAUUGUGUUAGUUCACAAUAGGCAUCAUUUCUGUCAAUGUUUGUUUUGGUGUAUGCAGGUGUACACUUCCUUUUGUUUAAUAUUUCAGUAUUCUGCUCUGUUCAUGGGUGGACUGGCAAUGGGAAAGCCUGUAUUAUAGUAUUCUUUUCAUUGUAAAAUUCAUAUAGAUUUCAGCCCUCUGCAUGUGUAUACUGUAUGUGUGUGUGUGUGUGUGUGUGUGUGUGAGAGAGAGAGGGAAAGACAGUGAGAGAUAGAGAGAAAGGGAGCGAGAGAGAGAGAUGGAGAGAUAGAGAGAGAGGACGUGAAAUGUAGUGUUUGUACAGGCUUCACGCUUGGUGGAGUGACACUGUUUGGAGUUCGCCUCAUUUUUCGGGGUAUGUUUUAGGUGAUAAUAGAGGUUAUCCUGUUCUAGAAAUAGGAUUUUAAUUUGUGUAUUUAAGACUUUUAUUUUGUUUAAUAUAAUUCCUGAAUGUAUUUCAGUGUUAUGUCUCCUGUCAAAGAGGAAAAUAUACGGACAUACAACAUACAA